UAAUAUGAUGGACGACGACUACAGUUCAACUUCAGAAAUUCUCGUGUAUACUCACAUUGUGUAUACGGUCUGGGAAUGGACCGAAUCACAAAUAACGAAAUUAAGAUAUUCAUGGAAUUCUAUAGAAGAAGAAUACAAUGCAUAUGACGUUAGAAUCACCUUUCUCCCCGAAAAACAGGCCUUUGAGAUAAAGGCAAAUUCAGAUGAAAUAAUAGCCGAAGUGCGUAGGGAGUUUUUUAAGCCAUUGCAGAAGAUGUCAAAUGACGCAAAAGCUGUCUUUACUGUUCUUCCUCGUGAGGUUGAACGCGUUUCCGAGAAUACUGACAACGUAUUAAUCGGAAGACCUCCGCCAUUAGAUGAUGAUGAUGAUCCGUUCCCGUUUCUCCAAGAACGGGACGAAAGUAUAAAAAGAAAAUAUUAUUUUUCAACAGCUGUUGGAAAUGUUCAUCGUUUAUUGCGUUGGAAGCGGGAGAAUUACGAACCCGAUGCCUGGAAAGACAUUUGCGAUUCAUGCAACAUCAUUGGUUACUUGAUACCGCAAGAAGAUAUUGACGAGGCUGUGAAAAGAUUAAAAACAUUAGAAGAGUUAUACAAUCGAGAGUCGUACAAAAUAGAAAUACCGCUCGUGCAUCAUCACAAUAUAAAUCUUCAGUUUAAAUUGUGUUUUUUAAAAAAUGAAGAUCACAUCUACUUUGGAAAAACGUUUAAAAUCGAUAAAAAAGAUCCCUACAUAAUAGUUACAGCGAUACGGGAUCCAUCCGGUCAACAAUGGGUGACCCCCAACUAUGGCGAAAAUGGAACAGUGUUCGUUCUAAGUGAAAAAUCGAACCGUGGCAAAGCCAUUGAAUUACAUGGUCAAAAUUCGAAUGAUUUCGAAGCUCACAAUUGGCCAGCUAUAGAGCUUCCCAAAAUUAACACACCGUGGGCGGAUUUACCGAACGUUGCGGCAUCUUCAUCCAAUCCACAAGCAUCGACUUUGGACUCAGAGUCACUGGAGCGUUCAUCUCCCACGGAAGAGCACAAAAAGGCUCAUAAGGAUGCCAAGAAACUUCAAAUGGCCAAAGCGAGAAGAAAUCGUGCGACCAAAUAUGCAAAUGUUGAUGAAAAUUCGAGCGGUGGUACUUCCUCGGCUUGGUAUACGCGACCGGAGCCACUUGAGGAAAGAGAUUAUGAUGAUAAUUCGACUAUUGUGCCGAUUAAGUCUAUGAAUCUGGAAAAAAGUCCUAAUAGCACUCAAGGUCGAAAUAUACCUAAACCCGGAAUAAUGUUUGAAUACGUUCGAGCGCAUAAAGGCGAGGUUCGAUUUACCGGAAGCUUGGGGAAAGUUUUUUUCACAAACGUUAACCAAGAUAUCACAAAAAACCUCUGGGAAUUCUCCGAUUUAAAGGAUGUAAUUGUCAAGGAACAUCGUGUAAAACCUUCUCAUCAAAAUUUUGCGUCUGACUUGAUGGAUUUUGGUCAAAAGUUAAUUGAUGAGGAGAUAUUUGGAGGAAAGCUAUUGGAAGAUUAUUCAUUUUUCGAAAUAGUCGCUGAUGCUAGAAACAGUGUUUCUAGCGACUAUAAUACGAUAUAUAUGCAUGUGGACUGUGCAGUCUCUUUGAAAAAAGUUGCAUUUCCUUGGGACCAUAAUGUAGACGCUUAUUGGACCAUAUUGGAACGUAAUUUCGAUUUUACGAUAAGCUUAAAAACAAGACGUCUUAUUCGUCCCGAUAUCAAGCCAUUCAGCGCCUUCAUUAAAACGACUGCUAUCAGUCCAGAUCAAAACUCUAUAACUUGUGAAAAUAUUAACGAUUACCUUUAUGUCAAAUCAAUAACCUAUAAAACGGUAUCAAGAUACAAAUUACAUUUUCCAUUUAUUGCUGAAGUUACGCGAGUCGAAGAACGUAUUUUGGAGAAUCAAAAAGAAUUCAACAAAAUCAAAGCCGAUUGUGAAGGAAGCAAGGUUCAUUGGACUGUUGAGAUUAUAAAUUAUAAACAUGAGAAUUUCUUCAAGGAAAACGAAACAUUACCCGUUGGAAAAUUAGUCACAUGGGAAGUUCAUGAAGCCCUUGGAGAAGAAUCACAGUUGCAAUUCUUAGUGGAACAUGUUAAAGCGAUGCUGAAGGCAGUGGAACGCUGUAGCAAACUUGUCUACGAGUUACAUAAGAAUUCUUGCUUUUAA